AUGGUUCUUGGUAUCACUCGUGUCGAAGAGGUGUGUAGUAGUAUACGACCUCAAUGGUUGAGUUUCGGUGGUAAAGAGAAACCUAUUGCCAUGGCAACCAAAGUCAACGUAUGCUGGUACGACUUUGAGGUUGACUACACCGAAUACGGACCCAUAUGCAAGCGAAAUUUGGAUUUGGGUACGAUGCAAGAAGCUUCAUGCAGCACCAUACCCAAAACGCCUUACGCUAGGCUGAUGAAGUGUUCGGUGAAAUGGGAUGGAACCAGGAAUACGAUGGCAUCAAAGAACAUCACGUGA